AUGGAUAUGGCUAUUGGCUCACACCCCAUUUCGAGGGUCGCCCCCAAAACCCUCCCUUUAUCAUCGAGAAGUUUUGAGCCCACCACGAGAAACUCCAUUUGCAGCAAUUCUUGGAUGAAAAGACAAUUUUUUGGCAAUACUUUAUCUAUCGAGUCGAAAGGAAAGAUUUUGAAAACCCCUUUUCGGAGUUCUUUCAAAUGCUCUGUUUCGCAAGCCACAGACAACACCACAGAUCAUGGGAAAACCACUUUGGUUGAUGCUAUGCUGAGGCAAGCUAAGGUAUUUCGUGACAACCAGUUUGUACAGGAGAGGAUAAUGGACUCAAAUGAUCUAGAGCGUGAAAGGGGAAUAACAAUACUUAGCAAAAAUACUUCUAUUACAUAUAAUGAUACGAAAAUCAAUAUCAUUGAUACUCCAGGCCAUUCUGACUUUGGUGGUGAAGUGGAACGGAUUCUGAACAUGGUCGAAGGAGUUCUUUUAGUGGUAGAUUCUGUUGAGGGGCCAAUGCCACAAACGAGAUUUGUUCUGAAGAAAGCUCUUGAAUUUGGCCAUGCUGUGGUUGUUGUCGUCAAUAAAAUUGAUAGACCUUCUGCUCGUCCAGAUUAUGUCAUCAAUUCGACUUUUGAGUUGUUCAUUGAACUAGAUGCUUCAGAUGAACAGUGUGAUUUCCAAGUUAUAUAUGCAAGUGGCAUCAAAGGAAAAGCAGGACUUUCACCUGAAAAUUUGGCUGAUGAUCUUGGACCACUUUUUGAGUCCAUCGUCAGAUGCAUACCUGGGCCACAGAUCGCCAAAGACGGUUCUCUUCAAAUGCUUGCCACAAAUAUAGAAUAUGACGAACAUAAAGGGCGGAUUGCUAUUGGACGUCUGCAUGCGGGGGUAUUGUGCAAAGGAAUUGAUGUGCGGAUUUGCUCCUCUGAAGAUGAAUGCAGAUUUGGUAAAGUAAGCGAACUUUUUGUGUACGAGAAGUUCAAUAGAGUCCCUGCAGAAAUAGUAGAGGCUGGUGAUAUUUGUGCUGUAUGUGGUAUUAACGAUAUUCAGAUUGGAGAGACAAUUGCAGACAAAGUUUCGGGAAAGCCAUUACCAUCCAUAAAAAUCGAAGAGCCUACCGUGAGAAUGGCCUUCUCAAUCAACACUUCACCUUUUGUGGGGCGUGAGGGUAAGUAUGUCACAAGUAGAAACCUUCGAGAUCGGCUCUUUCGUGAGCUUGAGCGAAAUUUGGCAAUGAAAGUUGAAGAAGGUGAAACUUCGGAUACAUUUAUCGUUAGUGGACGUGGCACUCUGCAUAUCACUAUAUUAAUAGAAAAUAUGCGUAGAGAAGGAUAUGAGUUCAUGGUGGGGCCACCCAAAGUCAUCAACAAAACCGUUAAUGACAAGUUGCUCGAACCAUACGAAAUUGCUUUGGUCGAGGUACCAGAGGAAUACGUGGGGUCUGUUGUGGAACUUCUUGGUAAAAGGCGUGGGCAUAUGACUGAUAUGCAAGGAGCUGGGUCUGAAGGCACGACUUUAAUGAAAUAUAAGAUACCAACUCGAGGACUUCUUGGGUUGAGAAAUUCUAUUCUAACUGUGUCUCGAGGCACGGCAGUUCUCAAUACAAUAUUUGACGAAUAUGGGCCUUGGGCUGGUGACAUUAGUACCCGGGAUCAGGGUUCACUGGUUGCUUUUGAGGAUGGAACAAGUACCUCUUACGCACUCUCGAGUUCACAAGAAAGAGGGCAGAUGUUCAUUUCGCCUGGAAUCGAUGUUUAUAAAGGUCAAAUAGUCGGUAUUCAUCAGCGCCCCGGCGACUUGUCCUUGAACGUUUGCAAGAAAAAAGCUGCCACGAACAUCCGUUCGAACAAGGAACAAACAGUUGUUCUUGAUACUCCAUUGGAUUACAGUCUGGAUGAUUGCAUAGAGUACAUUCAAGAAGAUGAACUUGUUGAAGUUACUCCCUCGAGCAUCCGCAUGUGCAAAAACCCAAAGUUUGCAAAGAAGUCUCGUUGA